CAAAAUCAAGGAGAAAAUGCCAUCAACAAGAACAAGGCCUAUUGAGAAAUUUGCAAAGGCCACGUCAAAAUGCUCUGCAGAGGCAGCGGCAUAUGGCAAGUGCAUUGUGGCUGACUACAAUUCGGUCCACAAAGACAUGUGUGCUAAAGAGUUCAUGAAGCUCAAAGACUGCUUCCUGGCAGCGUCGAAGAAGGUUUGAAGGAAGACGGUGAGACAAGUUACGAUGUCAAAUCUCAGGUGCAUGCAUUGAGCGCAGACCUCCUCCUUUAUUCUUU